AUGUCUUCUUCUCUUUGCGAGAUGUCUAAUGCUGGCAGUCCAGCCCCCGAGAAGUCUUCAGCAUUUCUUGACCACCUGAGCUACGACGUACGCAGACUAAUCUACGAGCAUUUGUUCCGCGACAGCUCAGGUCUAUUCUUGAUGGACCCACGCACGAUCAAAAUCGCCAGCAAGGCGCAUAAGAGCCUAAAUGAGAUGGUAAACCCUGCGAGGGCUGUCCCGGACAUCCUGUUAGUCAACAGACAGAUCUUCUGGGAGGCCCUCCCGAUGUUCCAGCGACAUGUCACCGUGGGCGUAUGCCUGCCUCGCAGGUGGCAGGAGGAUGAUGACGACGCGUCGAAACUCGCGUCUUACAACAAAUUAUGGUCAGAAGCAGCACUGAAAAGCAGACCUGUCUUCUCCGGCUGGGACUUCUCCGAGAUCCGCCACAUCGCUGUGCUGCCCAUGCCCUCGGAAGAUGUACAAUUCCUCGAGAUUCAUCUACCGAAUCUCCUCAGCGUGAAGGAGGUCGAUUACAAGGAACCCUGGGGAGUGUUCGAAGAGGACUUCGAAUCUCCGAAAACCUGGCUCGAUCCAUUGCUUUCGGCAGUGCAGUCGUCCAAAGACAAGGAAGAAAAAGCAGUGGCGCUCGUUAAGUUGUUCAAGCACCCUAGAUUCGACAAGGUCUUACAACCUUUCUUGGGAUGGCGGCGUCACCUGAGGUCCACUAAAAAUUCCCAUUUGCAGCGCCUACUCGAGGUCAAGGCGCACUUUGGAAACGACUGGGAGAACAUCAACAGUCGAGACUAUACACAAUUGACACUCUUCAUCGACCUAGCAGCACAACGCUUAGAUCUCACAUACGACAAGUCCCCAGCGAUACGCAUACGGGUCGAUCUGAGCUCAUUGCCGGAGUCAGGCGAGUGCCUGUUGGCGGAAAUCGAAGACACCGACGACGAAGAUAUGGAAUAA